GUGACCUUCUUUUACAGGUGCUAGACUAAUUCGGCCAUUGGCAUUGCCUUUUGUCACUUUUGUGUUAUCAGCAAUCUCCUUUGUCUUUCAUUAUGAAGUUUGCCAUCGUUUUGACUUUCCUUUUCUUGGGACAGUCAUUUGCAGCUGCUCCCACUCACCAUUUUGCGAACAAGAAACUCCUUCACUUGAGCCACAGCCCGCAGCCCACUGCAGACUAUAGAUUGUGUGGUGCGUGUAUAGAAUUUGCUGAGCAAUUCAUCAACCAGCUCUUGAAUAUCAUACUAAAUGCUGGUGUUGUUGGAGGUUGUGCUGAAUUAUGUGGAAUGUUACCAGCUAGCAAUACAGAGAAGGAAGUCUGUGCUAUACUCUGUGACAUUGUUGGCAUCAGAGAAUUCAUUAAGAUUAUCGAGGAAGCUGAUCUUGAUCCCAUUUACUAUUGCGAGCUACUGACUGUCUGCGAGAUCAAAGAUGACGGUGAUGCUACCAUUACUAACUUGACUGUCAUCCCAAACAAAGUUGUUAAAGGUAGUACUUUUGAGAUCUCCUUCUCAUUCAUAACAAAGAAUGGAACUGGGACUGGAGAAAUGGCUCUUGAAAUUCGUACUCAAGAUGGCAUCCCCCUGGGAGAAAAUACAAUAUUGAAGCCGGUACCAGCUGGUCAAACAGUCAAUGGUGGUGGUAAAGUUACAGCUGCUCCUGAUCCUAACUGUGAUCCAACACAGAACAUGUGUGAGAUGUGGUUGCCUGGAAAUUACAGUGUUAUUCUUGCCGUUUGCAAUGGUGAGUGUGGCAGUAAGCACCCACAUAGUCAAGUAUAUGACGAGAAGACAACUGACUUCAAUGUUGUUGAGAACUAGAUGUGCUACAAUGGUAGCACUACCUUACUUAAGCUGAAGACAAUUUGUUUACCCACUUUUGUUGAACGUUGUUGCUUUUGUUGAUCCCUUUUGUCUUAUAUUUUAAGUAAUUUGAGAUGCA